UUGAAAUUCGGGAGGCGAUGGCGCAGCUUUGCUGCCCUUUUGUUUCUCCGUGAAUAGCAGUUGCUGGAAACCAAGGCUGCUGACUCCCCGGAGACCAGGGCCGGAGCCUCCGGAGGUUCACGGCGUUCUCCUGCGGACGAUUCUUCUUUUACUGAGAGCCGCUUCCUCUACCUCGACUCUUCAGAGUCGGCCGGAAUCAACGAUCGUUUUCUUGCUGGUGCGUCAGUGGCAGCCGAGGGGACCCGGGAGCCGCGGUCCCGUGGCCUCUAAUGCCGGGGUCUGCGGCCCGAGCACCAUGACGCGGGCGGAGCAAAGCCGGGAGGUCAGCUACGACAGGACGCCCAGCCUGGAGCGGGCACGGCCUGAGGCCGGGAGCUAUGGCCCUGACGCCAAGCCCAGCGAGCUGCAGCUGGCCACGAGGCUGCCCCCGUGCCUCAGCCACAAGACGUGGCUCCUCUCCGUGUUGAUGGGGAGCUGUCUGCUUGUGACGUCGGGGUUUGCGCUCUACCUGGGGAACGUGUUUCCCUCGGAGAUGGAUUACUUACGCUGCGCCGCGGGCUCGUGUCUCCCCUCAGCAAUCGUGAGCUUCGGGGUUUCCCGGAGGAACAUCAGAGCGAUCCCCAACUUCCAGAUCCUGUUUGUGUCCACGUUUGCCAUCACCACGACCUGCUUGAUCUGGUUUGGAUGCAAACUGGUUGUGAAGCCCUCGGCCAUAGACAUCAACUUCAAUCUGAUUCUGCUCCUCCUGCUGGAGAUCUUCAUGGCGGCCACAGUGAUCAUCUCAGCGCGGUCCAGCGAGGCGCCCCGUAAGCAGAAGGGUCCCAUGCCGGACGGCACCAACAUGCUGUACGAAGUGGCCUUUCCUGCCCGGGUCCUGAAGUCCUACUCGGUCAUCGAGGUGAUUGCUGGCGUCUCUGCCGUCCUGGGCGGUGUCAUUGCUCUGAACGUGGACGACGCUGUCUCGGGGCCGCACCUCUCAGUGACGUUCUUUUGGAUCUUAGUGGCCUGUUUCCCCAGUGCUAUCGCCAGUCACGUCACCGCCGAGUGCCCCAGCAGGUGUCUGGUGGAGAUGCUGAUCGCCAUCUGCAGCCUCACGUCCCCGCUGCUGUUCACCGCCUCUGGGUACCUGUCGUUCAGCAUCAUGAGAAUCCUGGAGAUCUUCAAAGACUACCCGCCGGCCGUGGAGCGAUCCCACGACGUGCUGCCGCUGCUGCUGCUGCUGGCGCUGCUGCUCCAGGCCGGCCUCAACACGGGCACCGUCAUGCAGUGCGUGCGCUUCAAGCUGGCCGCGUCCUGGGACACGGUGCAGGCCGGCCCGCCCGAGCGCCCCGCGGGGGAGGUGUCCAGAAGCCCCCUGAAGGAGUUCGACAAGGAGAAAGCCUGGCGAGCCGUCGUGGUGCAGAUGGCCCAGUGAGCGCGGGCUGGGGAGACCGAGGCAGGAGCCUGGCUCGUGGUCCUCCAGCGACCGCUGCGCAGCCAGGCCCGGCGGCAAGGUGGAGUUUUCAUUUCUUAGAGUAGUUUAAUUCUGCUUAUUGGUCUGUAGGUUCCUGGCCCUGAGGCGCCCCCCUCGUGAGCAGUGGGGCCUGCAGGCGAGCCCGGGCCCCUGCGGAGCCAGGCCCUCCAGGGCUGAUACAUAGGCUGGGACGUGUGGCCAGCCCCCGUCCGCUCCUCCGGCUCCAGGCCGGUGUCCCUGGCCUGCUCGUGUUGAGCAGACACACACGGCCCCACGUGAGUCUAACGGGGUUUCUCUUCUGAGACGGGUGUGGACCAGGGCCCGGCCUGCCAGUGUGGUUCCUGAUGAGAGCACAGCUGCGUGUCCCCGUCGCCUCUCACGAGUCAGGGUAGGCCCUUGUCCCCAGGGCUGUGGGCGCACGGCCGCUGUCCCUCUGUGAAGCCCAUGUGCCCCAGUGUUUGCCCUCUCUCAGCUCGCCCCGGUCGUGGCAGAAGGACCCUGCCUGCUCCGUGGCGCUGGUGUCUGUGUCACACCGGGGGUGCAGAGGUCUGCGCCAGCGGUGCUGGUCUGCCCUUGGCCAGGGUCCUCCAGCUCCCGAGCCCUUGGUCAGCACCCACACGGAGCGUGACCCGGGCCACAGCACAGCUCAGCAUUCUUCGGGGUGGGGCCAUGUCCAAGGCUUUGCAAACUUGGGGCCCAUUUCCUGGUCUCACUGGCCUCAUGAGGCAGGUGGGUCCCCUCCCGUCAUGGUUUCUGCCUCCACUCCCGUUACCAAGCUCACAAUGCCGGACGGACGCCCCCGGAGCCCUCCGUGGGGCUCGCUGCCACGCAGCCUCCAGCCGGUCUCUUAACCUCACUCAUCUGAGGUCAGGCCCAGGCUGGGGGUCUCCUCCGUCAGUCCCUGCCCCUUUGCCUGAGACAGCGUGGUGUGAGAAGAACAUUUGCUUCAGUUAAAGUCACGUCCCAAAACUAGUUCGCGCCAUCUCCUUGUCCUGGAGUAUUCCCAGAAUUUCUGGAAACGCAGUUCUCGUUCCCCAGUUGACUGCGCUGAUAAACCGCAGUGAGCUGGGAGCAGCUCUGGAAGUGUCCCAGCAGCUGUCCUGGGGCCCGCGCUUUCAUUCCCAAGGCAACCCACCUCUGCCUCCCAUGGAUGGAGUGGGGCAGCCCUCUGCUCUGCUGGCAGGUGCUAAGGUUUGCUCCUUGCUGAGUUGAGGUCCUCUACCGUGGCUCCUUAGUGAGGAUUGUCUGGAGCUGGCCGAGUGUGGGCCUGGGGGGUGGAUUCCAGGAUCCUCCCUGGUUUCUCAUUUCCGAGCCCAAGGGACUGGCUGCCUGCGUUCAGAGCAUCCACCAUGACCCGGGUCGCUUUCAAACAGGACGAAAGCAGGUGAGACACGGGAGAGGUGGACUGUCUUCCGAAUGCCACCGAUGGCUCUCUCCUGCACGGGCACACACCCAGCUACGUGCACCCGUGCACACAGGUUCCCCAGCCACAGCCCCCGUCCCCUCCCCUUCCUGUGGCGUUCAGGCCAGGAGGCCAAGGGGCUCUGCUAGGAGCCUGGGACAAAGUCAGCACUGUCCAUGCUGAUGUUGUCCUGGGGACAGAGAAUCUGAGUCUCCAAGCCGCAAUUAGACACCUGGGGGCUUAGCACUGGCUUGAACUUUAUUUCGGAGAGAGCUUGAGGAACAGAGGCUAAUGAGGUUUUAGAAAUUUUUAAUUCUGUUUUCAUUUGCGUCUGAUGUAGUUCAGUAUCUCCUGCGCAAUAAAUGCUAACAUGUAAA